AUGAGCGCCAACGACACCAGCACCAGCUUGGCCGGCAAGAUGGAGUCACUUUCGCUGGCAGCGGACACCCCGAAGGCAACGGCUGCUUCGUCAACACCUUACAAUACGGUCAUCCCCCCUCACCGCCGACCGAGACGCAAGCCAGUCGCGCCAACGACUGCCACUACGGCUACAGCUACGGCAACGGAUACCCAAGCUGGGACCCCCAAGCGCAAGCCGCGCAAGCCGAGUACUGGUCAUACUACCAGCACUGGCGGACAGGUGCAGCAGCAGCUGCAGUCAGAAGUUCCGUUCACGCAGACUAGGUAUCCGUUACGCAGCCUCAAUGCGACUGUUCCGGUGUUCACGCCUCUCAAUCAACCGCAGCUACAACAGUCGGCCUUCUCUGCUGCCCCACAGGUUUCGCAGAGCCUCCCACAGAGCAAGCAGGCAGAUGAUGUCUUACAGCCUGCGCAAUCCAAGACGGCGCAGAAGAAAGCCAGAAAAGAGGCAAAGAAGAUGCAGCAAACAUUGGUGCAGGCCGGUGCUAGCAAGCGUCGCCCAAAUACUGGUCUACCCCAGCUGCAGUCCGCAUCUGCCACCGACAAGAUGACUCUCGAACCAGGAGACAGCAGUGGUCAUCGCGGCGUUAUGCAGACUCAACGCCUCCAAAUACUCGCCCGGCCUGUUCCAAGCGCAUCAUACAUGUGUCGGGCUCUGGAAGCGCCGCAACGCACGGGCUACUCGCGGCCUCUCCUGGUCAUUCUGGAUCUCAACGGCACCCUCCUGUUCCGUAAGAAGCACGGCGGCAGCAAUAAGUUUGUUGCCCGUCCGCAUGUUCAUCAGUUCCUCGAUUACCUUUUCAGCAACCAUUUAGUCAUGGUCUGGUCAUCCGCCCGGCCGGAGAAUGUCACGAAGAUGUGUUCUGACCUUUUCACCCCUAAGCAAAGCCAUCAGCUUGUGGUAAUGUGGGGACGCGAUAAGCUGCAAUUGCCUUCGCAAGCAUAUUGGCAGAAGGUGCAGGUGUACAAGCAGCUGACUUGGGUCUGGUACGAUAACUCGGUUCAAAUUAUGAACCCCAGAAUGGGCAUUGAGCGCUGGGAUCAGUCUAAUACUGUGCUCAUUGAUGACAGCUUUGAGAAAGCCGCGAGCGAGCCGCACAACCUGGUCCAGAUUGACGAGUUUGAGGGCAAGGAGGAGCAGAUGCAAGACGACGUGCUCAGCCAGGUCGAGCAGUAUCUGGACACCCUGCGCACUCAGGCCAAUGUGAGCGCCUACAUGCGGGCCAAGCCAUUCAAGUACUUGCCUGUCAAUGACACGGCCGGUAACACCAUGUUGGACCGCGCCGGCACGUCUCUGCAGCAGCCAUAG